CUCGGGCAGCAGGGCUGACCCAGGAGUGAACUUGGUGCCCGCGGAACCUGGAAAGAGGAACGGAGAGUUACUUGCGGUUGGAGGCGCAGGAGCGGCAGGGAUAACGGCGAAGGGAGGAUGCCUCGGUCUUUCCUCGUGAAGAGCAAGAAGGCUCACAGCUACCAUCAGCCGCGCUCGCAGGACCAGGACUAUGACCUCUGCCUGGAGAAUGUGCUGGCGCAGAUCAGUGCAGACAGCAAGAUGCCAGGGGACUCAAGCCCAGGGCCUUCGGAACCUGAGCCCCAAGGACCCAUCUCCCCCAUCUCCCCGGCGUCCCAACUGACAGAGACCCCGGAGGCAGUCUCAGUUUCUCCAGCUAGCUGUGAGGGGAGCGUCUGUGAUAGAAGUUCUGAGUUCGAGGAUUUCUGGAGGCCCCCUUCGCCUUCCGCAUCUCCAGCUUCCGAGAAGUCCGUGUGUCCCUCCCUGGACGAGGCGCAACCUUUCCCGGUGCCCUUCAAGCCCUACUCGUGGAACAGCCUGGCAGGCUCCGACCUGCGGCACCUGGUGCAGAACUACCGGCCCUGCCAUGCCCUAGAACGAGGCGCCGGCCUGGGCCUCUUCGGCGAGCGGAGUCCAGAGCCGGGCGCUGCAGCCUCCCUCUACAGUCCGGAACGGGGCUGCGGCGGUGGCGGGGCCGCUGAGGGGGGCGGCGGCGGCGGCAGCGGCGGCCCCGGCCUGGGUCUCUACAGGGACUUUGGUUCGGCGGCGGCGGCGGCGGCGGCGGCAGCAGCGGCGGCAGCCCGCUUGUACGAGCGCCCAUCGCAGGCGGGCAGUCUCUACCCGGACAAGGGCUCGGGCCUCAAGGUGGAGUCCGAGUUGCUGUGCACGCGCCUCCUGCUCAACAAUGGCUCCUACAAGUGUAUCAAGUGCAGCAAGGUGUUCUCCACCCCCCACGGCCUCGAGGUGCACGUGCGCAGAUCCCACAGCGGCACGAGACCCUUCGCGUGCGAGAUGUGCGGAAAGACCUUUGGGCACGCGGUGAGCCUGGAGCAACACAAGGCCGUGCAUUCGCAGGAACGAAGCUUUGAUUGUAAGAUCUGUGGCAAAAGUUUCAAGAGGUCCUCCACUCUCUCCACUCACCUGCUCAUCCACUCAGACACCAGACCCUACCCCUGUCAGUAUUGUGGGAAGAGAUUCCACCAGAAAUCGGACAUGAAGAAACACACCUUUAUCCACACAGGUGAGAAGCCCCACAAGUGCCAGGUGUGUGGGAAAGCAUUCAGCCAGAGCUCUAAUCUCAUCACCCACAGCCGAAAGCACACGGGCUUUAAACCCUUUGGCUGCGAUCUGUGUGGGAAAGGCUUCCAGCGAAAGGUGGAUCUCCGGAGGCACAGGGAGACACAGCACGGGCUGAAGUGAGUUCAAGUCCGGAUGCUGAAGCAUCAGUCAACACUAGUGGGAACAGACCCUCCUUUUCUGCCUCAGCCUCCCCCAGGUCCCUGCGUCCGUCUCUAGCCCUCAUCUUCUACUUUUCUUACAGACCAGAGAUCUAAUGGCUUCUACUUACUUCCCUCGAGUACCCAGAAGGCGCUUCUGCAGCUUUUUAAAAACGAUUUUAGCCCAAAGUGGAAGCUAAAGGACUCAUGUUUUUGGAAACACUGGACAAGCUUCUGUUCCUGAAACUCAAGCAGGAAUCAGGCAAAUUCUGCCACCCCCUACCUCUGCCCGCCCCUAUAUCCUUCCGUGGGGCAAAGGAGCCCUCCAGCUAGAAUCUGCUCUUCCCUCCACCUUCCCCAGAUCCUUCCACUAAGUUUCGAAUAACAGAAGGACGCCCAGCUUACACAGCGACUGGAUUUCUAGUUUUUAAGGAAACGGGAAUGAGUGAGCCGCGUUCUUACUCCUUUUUCUUUCGUGGAGUUUCCCCAAGGCUCCAUUUCCUUCCAAGGUGACUAAACUAUGUAGAAGCACCCCAGGCAGCCCUCUGUGCACUUGAAGACUUGUUCCCAAGCGGGAAGGACGGCUACUGUGGGCUACUUAUAAAGCCACCGGCUCUCCCGAGCUAAGGAAGAAGGCAUGGCUUGUGUGGAAGAAUUACUGGACCAAGGACUCUCCCAAAGAACAGCGUCCUCCUCUUGGAGAAUCGAGGGCUGUAUUUGAGAGGGGGAGCUAAGAGGGACAGUCCAAAGCCCUGGCUCUCCAGGAUGGGGGACAGAACGACCAGGAUGGCCCUUGGAGAGGCAGUGAGUGCCACUGAGGCCAGGGCGCUGCUGUCUUUUCUAGAGGGGCUGGAAAGGAGCUGAAAGACUCUCACGGCCAUGUUUGUGCUGGUUUUUGUUUUUGAUUCUUAAGCCCAUCUUUGUUAAAACCUCUGGAUCUUCAGGGGAGUAUGGCUGGUGGACUCUGCCUUUAACAUGCUCGUCUGCGACUUCAGGAAGAAUGGGGUGUUUACUUUGACAUGGUUUGGCAGUGUCUGUAGAUGUUAUGGAGUGCUCAUGUUUAUUAAUACAUAUUUAUUAGAAUAACUUUUAAAUUAAUAAAGUAUUAGGAAUGUAUACAUGAAUUUUUAUUAAGCCAGUGGCAAGGGAGGGUGAUAAGACAUGGAGGAAAAUUCAGCUUUGACUGAAGAAAAGGAGCUAGUGGAAUCCGGAGGAAAAUAAGCUAAUUUCAGAAUAUUAAUGGUGAAGCUCAAGCUGUCAUCUGGAAAAGAUUGUCUGGUGGUUGCUAUUUUUUUUUAAACCCUCGCCUUCUGCCUUGGAGCCAAUACUGUGUAUUGGCUCCAAGGCAGAAGAGUGCUAAGGGUUAGGCAGUGGGGGUCAAGUGACUCUCCCAGGGUCACACAGGUGGGAAGUAUCUGAGGCCAGAUUUGAACCUAGGACUUCCAGUGUCUCUAGGUCUGACUCUCAAUCCACUGAGCCACCCAGCUGCCCCCAUGGUGGUUGCUGUUUUUAUGGCAUUUCAAAAUAUACAAAAAUACUUUCUGCAGGGAGCAGCUAGGUGACUCAGUGGAUUGAGAGCCAGGUCUGGGUUCAAAUUUGACCUCAGACACUUCCUGGCUAUGUGACCCUGGGCAAGUCACUUAUUCCUCAUUGCCUAGCCCUUAGCACUCUUCCGUCUUGGAAUCAAUAACCAGUUAUUACUGAUUCUAAGACAGAAGGUAGAGGUUUAAAAAAUACUCUCUGCAUAUUUAUUUUCUCACUUAAUCCUCAAACUCUAUGAGAUUUCCCCCCUAGAAGCUUAGAGAGGUGGAAUAAUUUGCUCAUAGACAUACAAGAGUUAUUCGGGGACAGGAUUUGAAAUGUGGUACUGCAAGGAGUGAUAGAUUUGGGUGGAAUUAAUGGCCCUGGAUUCAAAUCCCAGGUUUGCCUCUGCCUUAGCUGUGUGAUCCUGAUGUUGCCCAUAACCUCUUUGCCUCAGUUUCUUCAUCUGUACAAUGUGGAAAAUAAUAGUACCAACUUCCAUAGGAUUGUUGUAAAAGUCAGUGAGAUGACAGGGAAAGAAAGCACUUUGUAAAUGCUAGCUAUUAUAUUGUCUUGAGCAAGUCACUUAAAUCGCCCUUGGCUUCUGUUUCUUCAUGUACAAAAUAAAGCAGUUGGAUUAGCUGCUCUCUAAAA